AUGAUGAUUGUUUCAGCUAUAAGUGGUUCGACGCCGGACAAAUGUCAUUCGUUCAACUUUGACCAUUCCUAUUGGUCCUACUGCAGAGAUGAUGCUCAUUUCGCCAGCCAAGCACAAGUUUAUGAAGAGCUUGGCGUUGAAAUGCUCGAACAUGCUUUUGAGGGGUAUAACGUAUGUAUUUUUGCCUAUGGCCAAACGGGUGGUGGCAAAUCCUACACGAUGAUGGGAAAACCGGGUGACGAGCACGAGAUGGGCAUCAUCCCACGAUUGUGUAACGAUUGGAAUCUUCGAGUACGGGAACAUCCGCUGCUUGGACCUUACGUAGAUGAUCUUACAAAAAUG